AUGGUGUCGGUGUGCUGUGUUACCUGCGCCGCUUCGGAUAGUGACAGCGGGGCUAAGGCACCUCAACUGGUGCCCGCAUCACCACCUCCGCCGCCGCUUGCCGCGCUUGCCUUCAGCCAUGACGGCACUCGGGCGGCCUACGCGGUGCGUCGCGGGAAGGCGCUCCCACGGUAUGGCGAACGUGAGGAUUCGUGCUCUAUCUUCAUCGCCAAGACGGACACUCCGGCGCAUUGCGCGUCCAGCACUUCGAGCGGACCCGGCGCUGCUGUCGCUCCCUUCGCGCAGUGGACCGUGCUGCAGGUGCUUACCGGCAGUCACGACGCGCCCAUCACCGCGUUGGCAUGGUGCCAACGCACAGGUGCCCUCCUCUCUACCAGUGCGGACCGCGGCGCAUGUGUCUGGGUGCCGCGCGCGGGCGCUGCCGCUGCCGCUGCCGCUGCUGCUUCAAAGGAAGCGAACAGUGCUGCUGAUGUCGGGGGCGGAAGCGCGAACUCUCCUGCGACUGUCGCAGCAGAUGUGCCGUUUCGUGCGGUGCCGCAGCUGGUCAUACUGAGCACUGAGGUGCGCCUGUGUCCGACCUGUGUGGCAUGGAGCGCGGAAGGGGCGAAGCUGUACAUCGGCACCUCUGGCGGCACCGUCGCCGUUGGCCGCUACGACACGCGGCAUAAGUGGUGGAUCUGCCGCCUCCUCAGCGACCAUCGCCGCACUACGCUUGUUGACCCAUCAGUUGAGACCGCGGCGCCAUCGUCGACGCGCGCGUGCUCGGUCACGGCACUGGCGGCGCAUCCUGUCGACAACACGAGACUUGCUGUAGCGCGCCUUGAUGGCACGGUGCAAGUCCUCUCUACACACAUCAAGAGUGUGGAUGGAGCGCUUGGAAGCGCUGGACGAGGUACGAGUGACCGCAACGUGGGCGCAACUGCGAAGCCUUUCCAUCAUGUGUACCUAUCGCACCUCCUACCUUGCUGGGUGCACGGAGUGGCCUGGAGCCCGUCGGGGCAGCAGCUGGCAGUGGUGGGUCAUGACAGCGGUCUCCAUACGUGGGACUGGGGUCCUGUGCGAUCCCCGUCACUGGGAGGGGAGUGCAGCAGCAAUGACGACUGCUCCGGUGCCGGCUCUGACAAGUGCGAAGCAGUGCGCACAGUAACGUGGCUUCGUCAGCUGCCGCUGCUCCGAUGCGAGUUCGUUUCGGAAGACGUACUCGUGGCAGCCGGGUUCGAGGGACGUCUGUACGCCUUCGAGUCGACUGCAGCGUCACCAAAGCCGGGCGUCCAGAGGCAGCGAACGUGGAAGCUGGUGCCGGAGGACGCGGCGACGCAACGGGUGGAGGGCUUGGCGCAGCUGCCGCGCCGUGAAACAGCGCAUGUGGCUGCCAACGACAGAGAGAAGACGGCGGCCGCUUGCGGCCGGCACACUCUGCCUUUGCAGAGAGCUACUACUGCUGCCAUGGGCGUCGUCACUCAUGAGGGUCAGCAGCCGCCAGCACGAAUUGUAGGCGAGUCACAGGCCGCCGUCGAUGGGGCGCUAGUGGCCAAGUCGGUGCGUCAAGUGGCAUUGGACUUCUUCGAGCGCGGCCGUGCGGCGGUAGCUGCCGAUGCUGUUGUGGCGACAUCCGCCCGCGGGCGAUCAUCGGUGGCAGGCACACAUAGCUCGACAGAGAACAACGCGGCGGAUCACGCAACGGGUGCGGCACGGCAACACGUCACCGAGCAUCCUCCACACACAUCGCCCAUUAGCCUGCUGGUGCGCAUUCCGUCGGGCAAGAAAUCCGCCGCCGCUGAGUCGAUGGACGCCACCUUCGUGUCGGCAGGGCACGACAGCCGCGUGCACCUCUGGCGAGUGCGCCACACGACCCUAACGCGCAGUAAGGACGUACCCGUGUCCCCCUGA